AACACUGCUCCCAAGCUGUGUACCUGUUCCGUCUGGAGGAGUGUAACUCUGUCCACCACAGGAAUAUCUAACUCAUCCCUCAGAUUCUGAUCUUCUACAAUGAGUGCCUGCGUCUUGUUUGGAUUCAGUUUCAAUUUGUUAUCCUUCAUCCAGCCCAUUACUGCUUGUAGGCAGGUAUUCAGGGAAUGAAUGCCAUUUCAUUAUGAUGAUGAUGAUGAUGAUGAUAAGGAGAAGUAGAUUUGGGUGUCAUCAUCAUACUGAUAACACCCUGCACCAAAUCUCCUGAUGAACUCACAGCAGUUUCAUGUAGAUAUUAAAAGCAUUGGUGACAGAAUGGAACCCUGGGAGACUCCAUAUAACAGCUCCUGUUUGAGGAGCAACUGUUACCAUGCUCCACCAUCUGGAAUCUACCCGAAAGGUAGGAGCAGAACCACUGCAAAGGGAUGAUGGGGGCUGUAGGGGUGAUGGGGGCUGUAGUCCAAAACCAGCUGGAGGGCCAGAGUUAUGCUGCCCCUCUAGGCUCUACACCAUGCUAGCCCCCUUGUGAACCAUUGCUCUGGUGCUGACUGUGGGUAGGUUCACACAUAAUGCAGAAUCUAUGUGCAAAGUUAGUAAUUGACUUCUCUGUGACUGUUUCUGAAACCCUGCUAACCCCUGCUAACUUGGCAAAGAGGCACCUUUUAAUGUGGUGAUUCUCUUUAUUUAGCAGGGGGAGAGUAACUGGCCCUGUCCACCCCCAGCACAGUACCUCCAGUGACUGUUGCUGGUGUCUCUCCUGUGUUUCUUUUUAGACUGUGAGCCCUUUGGGGACAGGGAUCCAUCUUAUUUAUUUAUUAUUUCUCUGUGUAAACUGCCCUGAGCCAUUUUUGGAAGGGCGGAAUAGAAAUCGAAUGAAUGAAUGAAUACUAAACGUGUACCAAGGCAGGAAUCUGAGGUUUGUUCAGGGCAUCAAACCAAGAUGUGUAACCAAGAUUGGAAGUUGGCUUGCCAAACCAAGGGCUGCUCCCACUGAGGUGUGCACCACCAUAUGUCUGAACCCACACUCUUCACGAGCUCUUGUGAUCAGGACCAGUGGCUGCAGGGCAAGCUGGGAUAGCACUCAGAGCUUCACUGGGUGGCCCAGCCAGGGGACGUACCUCUGGCUCAACUCUGUUACUUCCAACAAACUGAGAUAUGUGAUCAUCUGCAGUGCCAACUUCAGGUUCCCUCCAUAUCUCAUGCCUGGGGAAUUUCGGGAUGCUCUUCGUGAAAGCCACAAAUCUGCAUCGUUCACAGAUGGGCUUUCAGCAGCUUCGUUCACCGAGUACCCCAGGCACAGACCCUUCAUUAAUUCUGAUUUACAACGAUCCCCUGCCAGACCAGUAAUUGCAUAUCCAGAGAGUAACAGCAGAGCAAUAUUCUCGGCUCUGAAGAACCUUCAGGAGAAAAUACGACGGUUGGAGCUGGAGCGGAUUCAAGCCGAGGAGAGUGUGAAAAAUCUGACGAGAGAAACCUCGGACUACAAGAAAGUGCUGAAUGAGCAACUGCUGGAAAGAGAGCAUUCAAAGCUGGAGGUGGCCCAGAAAAAUGGAGAGUUGGCAUCUCAGCUGGCUGGUGCUGAGACUCGCUGUGGCCUUCUGGAGAAGCAGAUGGAAUACAUGAAGCAAAUGAUACAACAUGCUGAACAAGAAAAGAUGAGUGUCUUGGAGAAACAGGCCACGUUGGAAAAAGAGAGAAUCCUUGAUCAAUGCCACGUGAAAUCUAAACUGGAACGGCUGGAUCUGCUUGAGAAAGAAUAUGCCAGACUCAAUACGAUGCAGUCUCUUGCCGAAAAAAAAAUGAAAGAGCUGGAAGAGAAGCUCGGGGAGGAAGAACAGGCACGGAAGCUGGUGCAGGAAAAAGCGGCUGAGCUUCAGACUGGGUUGGAGACCAAUAGAAAGCUGCUGCAAGCAAAAACGCAAAGCGUGCCGGUAUCGGUGCCGUCAAAACCAAAGAAGAGUAAGAAGAAAGCCAAGCAGCUUGACAAGAACAACUCUGGAAUGACCCACUUCCACUCACAGCCCCAUUACAGACUGCAACUGGGUGAUGUGCCGUUCGUUGCUGGAAAGUCCACUAGCCCCAGCCACUCGGUCGGAGCCAACGUCCAACACGUUUUGCACCUAAUGAAGCACCACUCGAAAGCCCUCUGCAACGAGCGCGUGGUCAGCGACGUCCCGUUGAGUCAGCAGAUGAGCAAAGGCCGGAGAUCCUCCGCGUCGUCGGUUUCUUCCACGUCCCGGGGAGACCUUUCCGAGGUGCUGCUGACUCUGCAAGACGAACUUGGGCAGAUGAGCUUUGAUUACCAGCAUCUAGUGAAACUCAUCCGCGAGGCUCCGACGAUUGCCUUGAGGGAAGACCUGGAGAGAGAGCUGGAAGUGCUGGUGAAAAGGAUGGAGGCCAAAGCCGAGCAGAUCUCCAAAAUUCAGAGACAUCGGGCACGACUGGAGAAACACAAGCGAGAAGGCCAGUCCAAACAGUGCUGCAGUCGAGAAUCCAGCAGAAGCCGUGAAGGCAAGACGCCGCCUGCUGCCGCCAUCAAGGUGAAAGACAUCAGCCAGAAGGGGAAACCCGGGGAGAGGGGCAAGAAGAGCCUUCAGUUGCUGAGGGAAAUGCAAAGUAUACAGACCUCCCUUCAGAAAGAUGACAUCAGUUGGGACUACUGAGGCCUCUUGCUUGUGUGAUUUGUGUUUGCACCUUUUCCUCCUCCUGGCUCUAGCCAAGCUGCAAAAGAUGAUGUCACAGCUGCACUUCCUAAACAAGACACCCCCCCCCCCCCGCUUUAUAUUUUCCACCUGUAGGCCCGGUUAUGUUACAUCCAGAAUCCUAUGGGGGUUGGGUUAGGGGAGUGGAAAAGAAGUCAGCCCUUUCAUUAUCAUUUUAAUUCAUUACCAGACCCUUCCCUUUAUUGACAAUGGCUGUUUUGCUCUGAAGUCUAAUCCUUGCCCUAUGAACUCUGCCUCAGGCAAUUAAUUUAAUUGCUUACCUGAGGACAAGGGGGUUUUCAGAGAGCUGAGGGCGGAAUGGUGGAGGCAUUACUGCCCGUGGAGCACGCUCUCUUUGGUUCACAGUUCUUGCCGUGCUUCCAAAAUGCUUCCAAAACCUGCACCGUGUUUUGAUCAAGGCACAAAAGAAGCAAGCGUCUGCACAACAGGCAGCCCUGGCUCUAUUAUAUCCACUCUCAACCCCUUUUACAAGCCAUUGUUUGUCUCCAGACUUUUAAGCAGAUUUUUGCCUUUUUUAAAAAAAAAAAUAUUGCUGUUGAGGGUGUUUCCCUCCUUGCAUUGUCACUUUAGCCACUCCUGCCUCAGUAUUGCUGAAAGAUGCUCUGAUCUUGAAAUGUAGCAGCUUCACAAAGACCGAGCAAACGCUUGUACUCUCCUUGACACUCUGUUAACUACCGUGGGCUUUUCCAUCAGCUUCUCAGAAGGACACUUUCUUUAAUCCUCCAAUUCUUAAUAAUGUAGUUUCAAAGUGGAACUGAAUAGCCGCUUGGAUGUUCUUUCUAAUUCUUUUUGCAGAAGAGUGUGAGAUCAGUGUAUCUGGCUUUUUAAAAUGCUUCUGAUCAUGCUGGUUUUAUAUUGGCAGCUUUUUUUUUUUUUAAUGUAAAGGUAUUAUUAUUCACUGGACCAGGAGACCUGGUGGCUGCAGUGGUACAAAAUGAUUUUAGACGCACACUUGCUCACACACUAUUUAUUACAUUAAUAAUGUGAAAGUUUCCAGUGAUUGGAAUGUACCGAUGACUCAAAAUUGCCUGCGUUUUUUGAGGUUUGAUUGGAAUCCAAUAAAAGCAAUUUCCUAACUGAA